AGUACUCUCUAGCGAGAGUGCACUUUCUUUACAUGUUGUAGAACCCAGCAAGAUACCUAAUGUGGUCCAGGGAACUCAAUACGGAGCAAGAAAGAAAGAGGUUAGAGUCAUCACAUUCAUCUUCUCAAUGCCUUGGAGAUAGACAUAAUAGCUUCACAAAGCCAAACGUCUUUUAUCAAGAACACGGACUCUGUGCUUUGCAUAUCACCAUCUUUGCUCUUACAGACAGCUUACAAUGACAGCGAAGUCAAACAGUUCUCACAUGUCCUGCGAUGUUUAUAAAGACCUGGAACCUUUCACAUACUUCUACUAUUUGAUCUUCUUGGUUGGAUUCUUCGGCAGUUGCUUUGCACUUUGGGCAUUCACAAGGAAAGACAACAACCAGAAAUGUACUAGCAUCUACCUCAUUAACCUUCUAGUCGCUGACUUCUUAUUGACUCUUGCUUUGCCAUUUAAGAUAGCUGUUGAUCUGGGAGUUGCUCCAUGGAGAUUGAAAAUAUUUCACUGCCAAGUCACAGCAUGCAUCAUUUAUAUCAAUAUGUACAUAUCCAUUAUAUUUCUGGGAUUUGUCAGCAUGGACCGUUAUCUUCAAACAGUAGAGAGUGCAAAGUUGUAUCAAAUACAAAAAAAGGGAUUUGCUAAGAUGAUCUCUACAGUCGUUUGGGCGUUGGUGCUAUCUAUAAUGUUACCAAACAUGUUAAUACCCAUCAAUGACAUACCGGAAAGAGAAAUUGUUGGAUGCAUAGAUUUUAAACAAAAAAUUGGAAGAGACUGGCACGUACUUACAAACUUUAUCAGCAUUGCCAUUUUUUUCAACUGCUCGUGUAUAAUUCUAAUAUCUAAUUGCCUUAUGAUAAAAAGCCUGUACAAGAACAAGGAUUGCGAAGAGUUUGAGAACUUUAAAGAAGCCUUGGUAAAAAUACUUCUGGUGACAGCGGGGUAUAUUGUGUGUUUCCUACCCUAUCAUAUUGUCCGGAUCCCUUACACAUUGAGCCAGAAUGAUGUUAUAACAGACUGCAAUUUAAAGCAGACACUCUUCCAUGCCAAAGAGUCUACGUUGCUGCUUUCUGUCUCAAAUUUGUGCUUUGACCCAAUACUUUAUUAUUUUUUCUCAAAAACAUUUAGAUCCAAGAUCGCUAAAACAUUUUCCAUAAAAAAAGAGGUCAGAUCAGUCAACUCAGGAAUAGCUGGUUGCGAAACAGCCUUAUAAAAUGGAUUCACUAUGAAUCAUUGCUGUUGAGGUUUUCUGUUCAUUUUUGGUGCCAUCAUUUUAUUCCUGACACAGUAGCGUCUUCAAAUAAAACAUCCAGGAUAUGCUGAAACAUCCUCAAAUAGAUGUAGCUGUAGAAGCAAUAUGACUGACUCUUCAUUUUUUUUAUUUCAUAUAAAAGAAAAAAUGUCCGGUGAGAUGUUUAAUUAGGUAGUUUGGACAAGGAGUAAGGAUAUUUUGAAUGUAGGACUUACCGCUGAAGUUUGUUUGUGCU